AUGAUGGGCAAUGGAGAUCUGGAGAAUAGAGGAGGAACAAAGGGCAGAGGCAACACAUACCCACCAACUAAUUACUCUUCUUCAUACUAUGUAGAGUCCACAGAGACUCAAUGGACUUCAUGGUUGGUCCCAAUGAUAGUGGUGGCCAAUGUUGCUAUGUUUGUUGUGAUCAUGUAUGUCAACAAUUGCCCCAAGAACAAUUUUGAGUCUGAAGGGCGCUGUGUGGCUAGGUUUCUUGGAAGACUUUCUUUUCAGCCUCUCAAGGAGAAUCCUCUCUUCGGUCCCUCUUCUUCAGCACUGGAAAAAUUGGGAGCUCUAGACUGGAAAAAGUAG